UCUCAUACCUGCUCACAGAGAAGCUAACAUGCAGGAACGCAACUUCAUGUUGUCUUUGUUUCUGUUGCUCAGUGAAACACUUGCCUGCUGUGGUUCUACCACCGGAUUGGCAGAUGAUGAACCUUCAGGUGAUGGCAUGUUAACACUGACUCUUCAGGUAACACUGGGACCCUCUACAACUGUUGCGUUGUUGACAAAUGGUGACCAGCUCUUGCAAACUGCCACCACACUAACAAAAACUGAAACUGGAAGCUCUGCUGCCACAGAAGUAGAGGAUGCGAGUGGUGUGGAAAUUGGAGGUCUUCAUCCUGCUUUGAUAUUUGGAGUCCCUGCAGCACUGGUGUUAGUCCUGCUGGUUCUUCUGAUCUUUUUCGUUAUAAAAUGUCGCAAACGGAAAGAAUGCAAACAAGAUGAACUAGGAAGUGAAAACUGUAAAAGUCCUAUUUUUGAAGAAGAUACUCCUUCUGUAAUGGAAAUAGAGAUGGAAGAACUUGAUAAAUGGAUGAACAGCUUGAAACAAAAUGCUGAAUGUGAAUAUCUGCCUCCUGUGAAAGAAGAAAAAGACUGGAAUGCCAACACCAGGUAAUGGAAGGAUUUCGGAAUUUGGGUUUUC